CGCCGCGCCGUCGCUCCUGGUUGACACGAAGGUUUCUGCAGCGCGGUUGCGAUACCUCUCGACGGCCUUCAGCACCUUCUCCGCCACCUCCUCCACCGUGACCCCUCUGCCGCACAGCACCCGCACAUCGAGCCAUCUCUCGUAAAACUGUUUCCUGUAGCGCAGGAUGUCCCUCAUGGACGCCCCCGCCUCCUGGCCCACGAUCCGGUUCACCUUCAUCCUGGCGAGCCGCUGCAUGACGUCCUCGCCGUCCACGUCCAGGUAGACGACUAGUCCGGACUCUUUGAGGCGCCGCAUUGCCGCGGCGUGGAGAGGGUUAGAGCCCGUGAGGGAAACGACACACCCAGAGGCCGAGAAGUUACACAGAGCCUGGCCCUCUUCCUCCAGGAAACGCUCUCCGCCGACCGCCGCCAGCUUGGCGGCCACGGGCAUCUUCCAUAUCGUCUCCAAGAUGUCGUCAUCGACGUCAACGGCGGGCAGUCCCAGUCUGUGGGCCACUAUCCUCCCCACUGUGGUCUUCCCUGCACCAGGAGCGCCCAUGAGCAGGAUGUUCUGGUCCCCCGGCGGGGGGGCUUUGGUAGAAAGCCAUGAUUUUGAUGCUGAAAGGGGACUCAGGGAGCACCUGACAGCUCUCAGUGCAGUCAGCAAACCCAUUGAGGGGACAACAAAUGACACCAGCCUUUACUCCUGUUAACAAAAGCGACAUUUAAAAGACAGUUACUUUAAAAAACAAUCGGUAUUAUGUAGACUACCACCCUCGUGUUUUGAAGUUGUGCAAGUGCUGCGAUACCUUUGCACGUGUUUUGCAGCCAGGACAGUAGUGACCUGUCAUAGUAUUAUAAUGAGCAAGACACUCACGUGUAACGAUGUGUUCCGUACUUGUUGGCGAUUCUUGUAGUUAGUUAAAUAUUUCGUGUUGUAACUGAGAACAAGCACCAUUCUGAACCACACACGUGAAACUACUGUGUGCACAAACAUCUACGGUCAGCCUGGAGGGACAAAAUUGAUUCAGCUUCAAUGAGAAGUCGAAGGCGCACCAGUUUCCCGUUGCAAAAACAAUUUUUUUAAUAAAACGUUUUAUGUUCUAUGCAAUCUAACCACGGGAUUACAAUCAUUACAAUCAAAUCAUUUCCAAGAACCCAGUAUCUACUCGUACGAGUGAUCUUUGUGCUGCAUUCAAAUGCUCCUCGGAACGUUGUGCUUCAGUGAGCAGAAAUCUGAAAAGUACGAGUGAAAAUAGAAAUGUUACGCUCAUUCUUCAUCGUCCACGACAUCCAAACAGAGACAGAUAAAUAGCUAAAUAGAUCCUGACACAUCUGCUUCUGACGACAGCUGAUUAUCUGUAGAAAUGAUGCAACACAGAGCUAUGUGUGCAGUAGCAAAACGAGAAGAAUAAUUGUAUUUAGUUGUGUAAUUUAAAUUUAAAAAAAGAGUUUUAGAUAAGGACUGAGUGCUCUAAACCAAGACACAUUACUUGUGUUUGUACUUCACAUCUGGACCGCUCAGACACCUUAAAUAUUUCGCUUUACAACUGUCCUAAAAUGCAACAUUUGAUACGACAGUUGCCUAGAAACUAGCCCUGUGUUGUUAAACAAACCCCACGAUUUACCCGUGUUAGCUGAUGGUAGCUCGGUCAAGUGAACAAUCUAAUUGAACUUAAUUUCAGUGUCUUUUUAAUCCUGAAAGUCCUUCAAGAUGUUUGGAGUUGUGAAUCCACCAGAGAGCGUUUACAGUCGGCUUACAAAGGAAGAGGUUCAUGCUCAAAAACCGCAAAGGUAUAUGUCCAAGUACAGGCCGACAGUUGUUCUUGAGGAAAAGUCAACCAAGCGUCCAAUGAGGACGAUGGGACCAGCGAAGGUAGAGGUGCCCUCCCCAGAGAACUUCCUCAAGAAGCAUUCAAAAGAGCCCAAAGUACCCGAAAAAGCACAGCGUUCCAAAGAACACACCUGCACCGUGAAGAAAGCAGGCGUUCCUGCGCAGACGGACAGACCACUUAUGGGCAUUCACACCAAGAGAGACUUUGUACAGACAGCUGCAGCGGUGACAAUGAAGCCCCAGCUUACCAGUGUGGACACCCGGCAUGGACACAGGCAGCUCCUUGAGACAUCAGGACUCGUCCCCAAAUACAUCAAGAAGAAGCAUUACGGAGAAGUACCCGAGUACCUGCAGCAGCGCAAGGAAGACGAGCGGAGAGCUCAGGAGGAGUAUGACGACUUUGUGAAAGAACAGAGGGAGAGGGGAGCCAUGAAGCGCCUGUCUGACCAGGAGCGACAAGCCACGAUCGAGGGUCUGAAGAAGACUUGGGAUGAGCUGCACCGCGAGUACCAGGGCCUCUCCUUCGUCACAGACAACCUGCGCAAGAAGUCCCACAGGGAUCAGCUGGAAGUGGCGAUGAAGAAGCUGGAGAACGACAUGGACCUCUUCAAGAGGUUCAAGACCAUCUACAUACCCAAUAACUGAGACAUAAAAACACUGGAUUCCAUCAGAUGUGCUGUGCUGUGCGUCUUGAGACCCCCAAACAAAUGUCACAUGAGCUUGAGUAAAAUAGAAUGCUGAAUUCGUAUGUUCUCUUUGUCAUAUGAACAAUGGAACAAAGAUACAACUUUGUUAGAUUAUUCAGAAUUAAAAUGGUAGUCUGGCCAGCGGUUGAGAUAUUUCACAGUGGACUAUUGCCAUUCUUAAGUAUACAGUAUUGUAGUGUUACACUCUUUCUAAUUUUAAAGGAACAAUUGUAAUGUAACGCCUCUGUAUGUCUCAGAGAUAAUACAUUUAAAAUGUCAGAUAAUCAAAAACAAGUGUGUCUUUAUCCCUUUCUUUCUUUUCACCGAUCUGCCUUCUCAAUGGAAUUUCUUGGAGAACAAAAUAAGAAAUACUUAAAGAGUGUCCUUUUAAAAUAAAUGUAAUUCUGACUGAAUAAAAUGUACUGCAUUGAAAGUGAGCCAAGCAUUUGUUGUCAAACUUUUUUGACUAUUUA